GUUGCUUUUAAACGUUCACAGUUUACAGCCACUAGCUACAAGGGAGGGGAGAGUAAAACUUCCACGAGAAGCUCCAGUGUCUCAUUUUCUGGAUCAAGCAGGAGGGACGGAUCAUGGAAGGACCCCCUCAGAAUGACAACUAAUGAAAGCUGGGCAGAAACAUCCACCUCACCGGGAGAGAAACUGUAGUGUUUUCUAUUCAUCAUCAUCAUCAGCAUCAUCAUCAGGAUCAUCAUCGUCAGUGCGAGCGGCGCGCGCCUCACUUUCUCCACAUCAUCGGGGCCACGAGAGCGCCAGGGCGCGAAGAUGAACAUCCAAGUCCUGCCCGAGCACAAACUGUCCGCAGUGGCCCCGUUAAAACAGCUUAACGUGGAGAAAAAGGAAGUGGAGCUGAUCCUGGUGAAGGAGCAGAACGGUGUCCAGUACACGAACUCCUCUGUCGUGGCCUCUCCGGGCUCCACUGAGGAUGGGGAAAGGGAGACAUGGGGCAAGAAACUGGACUUUCUGCUCUCUGUCAUAGGCUUUGCUGUGGAUCUGGCCAAUGUGUGGAGGUUCCCCUACCUGUGUUACAAAAACGGAGGAGGUGCCUUUUUGAUCCCAUACAUUCUGUUCCUGUUUAUUGCUGGGAUGCCACUGUUUUACAUGGAACUUGCCCUGGGUCAGUAUAACAGAGAGGGAGCAGCUACUGUUUGGAAGAUCUGCCCUGUGUUUAAAGGUGUUGGCUACACUGUGAUCAUCAUAGCAUUAUAUGUGGGGUUUUACUAUAACGUCAUCAUAGCGUGGUCACUGUAUUACUUAUUUGCCUCAUUGACGAGUGAGCUGCCCUGGCUCAACUGUGGUAACUUGUGGAACAGCCCCAACUGCACAGAUCCACAGCUCAUUAAUGGCACCUUCUUGGGUAAUGGGACCUCCUAUGCCAAGUACAAGAACACACCUGCAGCAGAGUUCUAUGAGCGCGGAGUGCUGCACAUUUAUGAGAGUAAAGGCAUCCAUGACCUGGGUUUUCCUCGCUGGGAUCUCACCCUCUGCCUUGUCGUGGUCGUCUUUAUCCUCUACUUCAGCCUGUGGAAAGGGGUCAAAUCAUCAGGAAAGGUGGUGUAUAUUACAGCUACUAUGCCCUACAUAGUGUUGUUGGUGUUGCUGAUUCGAGGCAUCACACUCCCUGGUGCAAUGAAUGGAAUUAGGGCGUAUCUCCAUAUUGACCUAAAGAAGCUCAAUAACCCUCAAGUAUGGAUUGAAGCAGCUACUCAGAUUUUCUAUUCUCUUGGAGCAGGCUUUGGGGUCCUUAUUGCCUUUGCAAGCUACAAUAAAUUUAACAAUAACUGCUACAGGGAUGCUCUCCUGACCAGCACAAUAAACUGCAUUACCAGUUUCUUCUCAGGGUUUGCCAUCUUCUCAGUACUGGGGUAUAUGGCUAAUCGGCAUGGUGUCAACAUAAAGGAUGUGGCCACUGAGGGGGCUGGACUUGUGUUUAUCAUCUACCCAGAAGCGAUCUCAACUCUACCUGGAUCUACAUUUUUUGCGAUAGUCUUUUUCAUUAUGCUACUGACACUUGGGAUUGACAGCUCUAUGGGCGGCAUGGAGGCAGUAAUCACAGGGCUCUCAGAUGACUUCAAAAUCCUCAAGAGGAAUAGAAAGGUCUUUACGUUCGCUACAGCAUUUGGGACAUUCCUAGUAGCCCUCUUUUGCGUCACAAAUGGAGGGAUCUAUGUGUUGACCUUGUUGGACAAGUAUGCUGCAGGGACAUCCAUUCUAUUUGGGGUGCUGAUUGAGGCCAUUGGAGUGUCUUGGUUCUACGGUGUGGACAGAUUUAGUGAGGAUAUUGAACGCAUGAUGGGCUUCAAACCAGGAAUCUACUGGAGGCUUUGCUGGAAGUUUGUCAGUCCAACGUUCUUACUGUUUGUGGUGAUCGCCAGCAUUGUUACCUCCAGUGACCUGAGAUAUGAUGACUAUAUUUUUCCUUACUGGUCGAAUGUGGUGGGCUGGUCCAUAGCCUUGUCCUCCAUGCUGGUUGUACCCAUCUAUGCCAUCUACAAGUUCCUGAGUAUGCCAGGUACCUUCAAGGAGAGGAUAGCAUACUGCAUUACUCCAGAACAUGAACAUCACAUGGUGGCCGAGGGUAAUGUCAGGCAGUUCAAGGUCAGACCCGAGCACAACACAAUGCUAACGCUCAGACAUUGGUUAUCCAUCUGAUGAAGGGGCCAGGUGGGAGUGCCCUCUUAAAUGCUACUUGAAUUCUGGAAAGAUACAGUGUGUGUGAGAGAGAAAGGUUUCUGCAAAGGUCUCUUACUAAAUUAAAUGUGUCCCCUCAGAAAAGGACAAAACGAAGCAAUGGCUAUGUGCUUUUCUCCACACCACACACUGUACUGUCUGGACUGCUCCAUUUGUGUUCAGUUGUGGACUUUACUUUUUUUAUAUUGCAGGGCAAAAUUAAUGUUGUGCCUGUAUUUUUUUCAUACCCAAGGAUUUAGUCACAACACAUCUCAAAAAUUAUAUUUAUGGAAAAUACAGGUAUUUUCCACUUUUUCAUUGUAAAAAUAAUUAUUAGGUUGUACUAGUUUACUUUCAUGAUGGUUAUGGAUCAUUGUUUGUGACAGUGUAUACAGAAAAACACCCCAGCUACAUUAAACGGUAUGGCUGGGAAGUUUAGUGUGUUAUAUGGAAAACGUUAAGUGGGUGUAACAAGUUAACCUACACUAGGGAUGUGCCCAAAGCCUAAUACCUUAUUCGGAAAGGCAAGAAUAAUGACUUCAAAAUGAAUAAUGGAUUCAUCCAAAUAAUAUACAAAAAUAUUCGUAUGACUGAUUAUCCAAGAGACACAAGUAUAAAGCGACAUUUUAAAUAAACAUAUACAAAAUUACAAAGAAUUUAUGAAUCUCUGCAGCCAAUAUUUCUAGAGUGUAAACCUUAUGAAUGAAAAUGUGCAUGUUGUGAUUUCAAAUCGGACGGGCGCGGUGUUGACUCUGUUUGCGGUCUCUGUUAAUUGUGUGCAUCUGGAGCUUAUCAAGUGACAUUAAGAUACAACAUCAUAUACACUUUCCACUUCUUGAAAUGUCUUUGUUAAUGUAUCACACGUUUCACACGUGAUUCCCAUGUAUUUAUUUAUAGCCUAAACCUGAGCGUGAUGUUAAAUUCAUGACCUGAAGUGAUGAUUUCAUGUCAGAGCCCAUCUAUCCAUCUUUUAAAGUUGACCACAUUUAUAUUCACAUCAGCAAUUAAGGUAAUUAUCUGGUUAAGACUUUGUUCCAAAAAAAAGUUUAAAUGCUCCAUAAAGGUUUAAAUGCUCCAUAGAGUAUUCAUUUAUUAGGAAUAUUCCUCCUUAUUUAAAAUGAAGAAACUGAAACAUUCUCCUUCUUUUUCUUCUUCUUUAAACUGUGCUACCUCUGGUAAGGCGCUAUAUACAUUUUACAUUAUUAUUAUUAUUAUUAUUUAACUAAAUAAUGGUGUCUUAACGUAAAAAUUCCUGAUAGAUUUAUGGGGCUUUCACCUGUUUGUAGGCUAUAUUAAUUUUAUUUUUAUUUCUUUUAAUGUUUCAAUUUGUAUUUAUUAUUCACUGCAAAAUGUGUGCUUGACAUUUCAUAUUUAGCUGUAUUUUAUAUAUAAUUGUUGUAUAAUAAUAAUAAUAAUAAUAAUAAUAAUUAUUAUUAUUAUUAUUAUUAGGCUAUUAUGAAAAGGCAUAUACAAGGCAUAUUUUAUUAAUAGAAACUAUAAAUGUAAGAGUAACAUUUAAAAAUGGGCAUUUCAUUUAGUUUUGACACACCACCGGUUUAAGCCCCGCCCACUCCCGGUUCUAUCCGAAUACAGAGACAGAUACUGAUAAUUUUGUUAUAAAAUCAGAUACAGAUACAAAUACAGAUAAUGGUUUCGCUGCACACCCCUUACCUACACUGUAUUUCAUAGCGCAAGAUGUUGAGGUUUAGGUAAUAAUACAUACAAAUGGAAACUCUCUUGAUAUUGCAAGAGAUCAUUCACUCGAUGUAGCAGGUUUGAAGGGGUUUUGAGUCAUUGCUCUGUUUUGGGGUGCAGCUGUGUGAGUUUAUCAUAUAUUACCUUGUUUUUUGGAGAAUGGUUUGGUUUUUCAGCAGCUGGCUUUCAUCAAGGGCUGACUGAGAAUUAUCUUGAGCACAUCUUUUCCUUUUUGACACACCUUACAGAGCAGACAUACACCACUGUGUCAGUGCCUUAUCUAGCCAUAAACUUCCUGCCGUUAAGUCACUCAUCCUCAUGAAGAGAAUGCAGGGAUGUUCAUUGAGGAGAGAGCUUCAAUUAUCUCCAUGCCAAGGGAACUUUAUACUAAGCUUUCAAAAUAAACCGAGACUUGUUCCAAUGAGCUGCCUCAAGUAGAACUUUCGGGCUCUUCAUUUGUUUUAUUUCAUUGUUUUAUUAAGCAAAAGGGAAUUUAUUUUUAUGUUUGAGUCUAGCCAAUGGAUCAACAUUUAGCCUUUGCUCAGAUCAACAUAUAUUAUUAUGAUAACAAAUGUUAUUACAGGACAGAUUUGCUACCUAGGGGCAAACCUAUAUGGCCUUUCAAAUGAAUAAUGUUUGUAAUGAUUCAAAAUCAAUAGAACAAACACAUAGAACUUUAUAUUUUGAAAUCAAAGACUCUAUGAAACCGGUUGUUGAAAGUUACGGUAAAAGUGUUCUGAAACACUAGACAGAGGUUUAGCCUAUUUAGUUUGAAUUCUGUUUGACAUGACAAAAGUUCCAUUCAAAAUCUUCGAUUCCAAGAAAUACAGUUAUUUAAUUGGAAUGCAUUCCAUUUCCACUAUACACUGUCAACUGCUGUUGAAUUAAUUGAGCUCUUGUGGUAGUUCCAUUAUCAUGUGGACAUUUGAACAUUUCAAGUCUUUGUGUUUGCAUUUAGGUAACAGAUUAGGUCUAGUUCCAGGUCUAGUCUAUCUCCAGAUUAGGUUGGUUUUCAAACCCCUCAAAAUCAAUGAUUUGUCUAAUCUAUGUGGUCUUUGUCUUGAGAUGAUGCAUACAUACAAAUGUAAUUCACAUUAGCUUUCUUGUUCUAAGAUAAUGUUUCACUUACAUUUUUAAGUGACAAAAUGUACUUCCAUUAUGGCAUCUCUGUUCGUUUGUGUUAUAUUUAUUCCUUUCAAAUACAAAAAUAAAUAAAUUAAUUAAACAUGGUCACUGGUAGAAAGCAAACAACAUUGUGGAUCAUGAAAUAUAAAGAGAUUAUAUUCUUUUGUUAUAUAUCUAAUAUUGUAUGUAUCAAAUUCUUUAUGAAACGUGAAUGUAAAACAUUUAAAAACAAAGUGUCUAAUGUUAUAUCAUACUGUGUGAUGUUGGUAAAGAUAUAAAUAUUCAGAAUUCAGAGAUGUAUAAUGUAACCGGAGGUGACGUAGCCACAUGAAUGUAAACAGAGCAGCUCUGGCAUUUCUGAGCGAUGCUUACAGAAUACUGUGUACAAAUACAAAUUUGUCCUUUUGAUUGUGAGUGACAAUUAUAUAUUAAAAGUCAAAAUAUGCACAUUAUAACAAUAAAAUCCU